GAUACCGAAGCUGAAAUACAACUUCUGGAGCUGCGACGAUGACGUGAAGCAAAAUUCAGCCAGUUGUUCACAAGCGUAUUCAACGUGAUACGCAUCGUACUACCAGAACAGCGUAUAAAGCUCACCAAGAGACGAAUUAUAAUUGGAACUCUGGUAUUUUGUUUCAUUUCUUUUUCUGUUUAUAAGCACGUCCAGAAACGAAAUGCAGCAAAAGAGGCGCAAAGCCAAAGUAAUAAACAAAGUGACGGAAAACUUCAUGAUUGGCACGACUACGCCGCUAUGUCUCGCGAUGCUGUGCGCAUUGGAGCAGGUGAGCAGGGCCAGCCAGGUACCUUAGCGAAUGUGGAAUAUAAAGACGCAGCAGCUGCAAGCUUGCGCCAAUACGGCUUUAAUGCUUUACUCUCAGAGCAAAUUUCAUUGCCGCUGUUGCAACCAAUCUUUGAUGAUCCACACACCAGCACGACGCCACUAAUAGAUACUAUUAAUUAUGCCACUUUCGAAUACAUAAGGUCGUCACCUUCGCGUGGUGGAUUUGAUUGGAACUUCAAUUACGUACAGCUGCCGUUACUGGACGAAGAACGAAGAGCGCUGCCGGCACCACACAGCAAUCCUGUGAUGAACGGAGGCCUUUUUGCAAUCGAAGCGAAGUUCUUUUGGCAUUUGGGAGCAUACGACGAAGGCUUGGAUGUGUGGGGCGCCGAGCAAUUUGAGCUCAGCUUCAAAAUAUGGAUGUGCGGUGGCCGAAUAUUAGAAGUGCCGUGCUCACGCAUGGGACAUCUUUACCGGGAUGGAGCAUUUCACGUCAAAUACACCAAUCGCUCCGAUGAUUUUAUUUCGAGGAAUUACAAACGCGUCGCAUCAGUAUGGUUGGAUGAAUACCAAGCAGCUUUAUAUGAGCACAUUCGCACGCUUGUCCUACUCGAUGCAGGUGAUGUAAGCGCGCGGCGUACUCUACGACAGCGGCUGAAGUGCAAAACGUUCAAAUGGUACCUCGAAACUAUUGCACCAGACUUAGCGCAGACAUAUCCACCAAUUGAGCCACCAGAUUAUGCGUUUGGUGCACUCCAAAGUUUUGCUGCGCCGCAGUUUUGUUUGGAUUCAAUGCAUCUGCCAUCUCGGCAACCAAUUGGCGCCCUGCGACCUUGUUCGCCUGACCUGAAGUACCCAUACACAUCGCAACAUUGGCAGCUUACCUUUCGUCGUGAUCUUCGCCAGCCAGAUGGAAAUUGUCUGGAGGUGCAGUCAUGGACACUCGAUGCACCAGUUUGGCUAUGGCCGUGCCACCAUCAGGGUGGCAAUCAAUUUUGGUAUUACGACCAGCAAACACAGUUGCUAGUGCAAAGUGAAACGGAAACAGAGCGGAGAUGUCUGGUGGCGAAUGUGACGGCUAGGCGGGCGUAGAUGAAUUUCUGUGAUUUUUCCGAUAUGAACAUGAAGUGGAAUUUCAGAUUUGUCAACAAAACAAUAAUGGGAACAUUUUUCAAGGGAUUAAGAACGAAUGAAUAUGAAAGUUGAGAAAUUGGUUGAAUUUCGCAUGUUCUCAAUGUGUAUUAUAUAGUUAUUACAUACGGAGUAAAAAAAUCUAUUUUAUUUUAUUACUUAUAACUUACCACGUUUAUAUCAACUCGCUUUCUUGUUUUCAAAGAUUUCAGUACAAACUUUGCGCUGCGUUCAAUACCGCUUGAGCUUUGCCUUGGUAUGGAAAUAGGGUGCACAGUGUGAAACUUCCAAAAAUACAUACACUACACUAUUGUACACUAUAUGUACAAUAGGACAAAAAAAUGCCAAAAAUCCACGGUACGUCCUAACUACUUCAAACUUUCACUUGUUGUACUAGAAUUGA